AUGCCGGGCUUCUACUAUAAGUUCCUGGAGAAGCCCAAGUGGCAGCUACUGUGCCCGCUGUGCAGGAAGGCCAUGCGGGAGCAGGUGCAGGUCUCGACCUGUGGCCACUGCUUUUGCGACACCGGCCUGCAGGAGUUUCUCAGUGAAGGAGUUUUUAAGUGUCCUGAGGAUCAGCUACCUUUGGACUAUGCUAAGAUCUACCCAGACCCAGAACUGGAAGUUCAGGUGUUGAGCCUGGCCAUCCACUGUAUCCACAGGGAGGAGGGCUGCCGCUUACACCACCUGCAGGUCCAUCUGAGCUCCUGCUGUUAUAACGUGGUCUCUUGCCCCAACCGCUGCAGUGCCAAGCUGAGCCAUAGGGACUUGCCUACCCACCUUCACCACGAAUGCCCCAAGAGGAGGCUCAAGCGUGACUUCUGUGGCAUCAACUUCACGGGAGAAGCCUAUGAGAGCCACGAGGGGGUCUGCCCACAGGAGAGUGUGUACUGUGAGAACAAGUGUGGGGCCCAAAUGAUGCCGCGGCUGCUGGGGCAACACAUGAUAACGGAGUGUCCCAAGCGGACCCAGCCUUGUGCCUACUGCACCAAGGAGUUUGUCUUUGAUACCAUCCAGAACCACCAGCACCAGUGCCCCCGCUAUCCUUUACCAUGCCCCAACCAGUGUGGAAUGGGGAGCAUUCCUCAAGAGGACCUGUCUAACCACCUGAAAGAAAACUGCAGCUCGGCCCCCGUUCUGUGCCUGUUCAAAGAUGCUGGCUGCAAACACUGGUGCCCUAAGCUGGCGAUGAGCUGCCACAUGGAGGAGAGCGUGAAACCCCACCUGGCUAUGAUGUGCACCUUGGUGAGUCGGCAGCGGCAGGAGCAGCAGGAGCUUCCAAGGGACAUGUCGGUGGACUGCGACGGCGUCCUGAUCUGGAAGAUCGGUGGCUAUGGGCGCUGCCUUCAGGAAGCCAAAGCUUGCUCCAACCACGAAUGCUUCAGCCCGGCCUUCUACACCCACAAGUAUGGCUACAAGCUCCAGGUGUCGGCCUUCCUCAAUGGCAACAGCAGCGGGGAGGGCACCCAUCUGUCGCUGUACAUCCGAGUGCUGCCCGACGCCUUUGACAACUUUGCACGACGGGUCACCUUCUCCCUGCUGUCUGGUACACUGCUGGACCAGAGCGACCCGACGGUCACCAAACCCCAGCACAUCAUGGACACCUUCCAUCCAGACCCCAACUGGAAGAACUUCCAGAAGCCUGGCACCUGGAGGGGCUCUGUGGAGAGCGCCCUGGGUUUUGGCUGUCCCAAGUUCAUCUCCCACCAGGACAGCCGCAAGCGCAACUUUGUGCGUGAUGAUGCUGUGUUCAUCCGUGCUUCUGUCGAGCUGCCCAAGAAGAUCCUGAGCUGA